AUGAGUCGACGACCUAUAAGAGAUGCUGUCAGUGGAAUCAUUGGGUUCGGCACUGACGCAUAUGCCUCCUUCAAAGAAAAGAAAGUCAGUUCAGGGGAGGGUGAAGAAAAGAAUGUCCAAAGAGCAAGAACUUCAGAGUCUUCAGAGUCCUCCACAGUUGAACAUAAUAGCUUUACAACUGCCUUCGACGCACAUGGAUAUGAAGGUUAUGAUGAAGAUGACGAAGGAGACUGGGUUCGAGACGAUACACAAGCCGAACUAUCUCCAUACGACCAGGAGAUAGUAGAUGAACCCGAGAGUGUUAAGCAAAUAUUUGGAGACUUUGGAAAACAACACCCUGGUAUAUCCUCGUCAGCUCGGCCAAACAUAAAGCAAGGACUACCUGUUCCAAUAAUUAUACCUGAGCGAAGACCCGGAUCUAAACAUCGAGGAUUCGUAAGAGCUUAUGCACCAGUUUUGAUAGAUUGUGGUAUAGAUCAGGAUACAUUCAUGGAUUUUCUAGUAGGAUUUGAAGCAUCUAUCAAGGCGUCUCCAUGCUUUCAUGUGAUAAACUUGGCCGUGGCUGCGAGUGUGAUGGCCGAAGGACUUGCUGUAGCACCAAGUAUCAUUGUCCACGCCGCAGCAUUCGCAGUACACACCAGCAUUGAGUUUGGCAGAAGGGCAUAUAUGUCUAAAGAACAGAACAAAUACCUUGUCGGAAUGAAUGAGAAAUUAUUCAAACCACAUGGACUCUAUGCUAUGCUUAUGACCUGGAAAUCAAACAACUCCACCAAUUCUCAACCACUUGUCUCUACUGUUGAUAUGAACACCAAGCUAGUCACAUCUGUAGCCUCACGUGAAGUUCAAGGCCGCAGUGGUUUCCAUUCCACCUCUGGUAAAACAAUUGGACAGUCUCAGAUGCCAGAAAGUGCAGAAUUAAUAUUCCCAUUAUUGGAGACAGCUACCGAUGAACAAAAAGUAAAUGCUAUGAAAAAAGCAGGAGUUUGGUUUGGGGAGUGGAAAGACAAGAGAAGCACGGCUAAAUUUGCGACUGAAAAUCCUUCAACGACAUUGGCGACAAAUGCUGGCGAGCAACAAGUGCCUUCAUCGCGUUGGGCAGAUCCCUCUCACCCUGUAAAUCAAGGUGGGGUCAUCGGAGUAUUGUCCGGCGGUCAUCUAGGGAGAACUGCGAGAAAAGAGAGAAGAAGAGAGAGAAAAGGCUUGCCCAAGGAUGAAAAUCCCAAACCUCAGAGAACUGGUAUUUUGAAAACGGCGAAAAGAAACCUUCACGAGGAUGUGCUGUAUCUCAUGAUCGUCAAUAUGCCUUCUGACGAGGAAAUGAAAAUUGUAACCAGCAUAGUGAAGGAAAAGAAAGCAGGAGCUUCAUAG